AUUACAAGGAAUACUUCUCUCGAUUAAAGUACAAAACAGAAAAUAACAGAAAUUUUUAUGGUAAUAAGAAGAUAAAACACCUAAUUAUAUCCCAAAUCUAGUGUUACACAACAACUUAUAAGUACUUGCAUAGUUCAAAGUUUGGCGGCUAUGUUGGAAUUUUUAUUAUAUUACCUUCAAUUUACUGUAGCAUUGUGAUUUUAACAUAGGAAAUUUAGUUAAUAUUGUUCAUUGUACUUCAACAUAUGUGUAUCUAAUAAUUGUUUUACAUUUUCUCUUAACCAAUACUUUCUAUUUAUUGUUCUCAGUUUGACACUACAGACUGUGUACUUAAUCUUCCUUUACCAGAGUGUUGGGUGGUAAGGCAAUUUUGUUUCAACACCUUCUUGAAGCUUUUACUUAUCAGUAUUUUAUGUUCCUGUAGACAAGGUCAAGGAUGAUUGAGUUGGUAUCAAAAGGUUUGGCUACAUUAGAGAUGUUACGACGGCAGCCGCUGCUAGAGAAGCUUUAGAGGGGCAUUGCAUAUAUGAUGGUGGCUAUUGUAAGCUUCAUCUAUCAUACUCUCGUCAUACUGAUCUCAAUGUAAAGGUAUAAAAAUGUGUUUUUGGGUAAAUGUUAAUGAGGGAAAAAAAUUUAAGAGAUAUUCUUAGAAGCAAUGUGGGCACUUUCUUGAUCGGAAACAGAUUUGAUACAUAGAUGUAUGCUUCUUGACACUUGAUUUACCUUUUAUGGUAAUUUGUUUAUGACAAUUGAAUGAAACUGAGUCUAAUUUUACUGUAAUAUGUUUUGGUAAGUUGCAGUACCACAAGUUCCUGUAACAUCUUGGCAAAAUCCUCAGUUCCCCUGGUUUUCAGACUCAAGUUCCUGGAGGACAAGGGCCAUCAUGGGAUCUAACUUAGCAUGCACUUAUACCGGGUUAUGUACCUGUUCCCGGUGCUUAUCCUGUUCAAAAUGGUGCAUAUCCUACUAUGCCCGCCUACGCGUCCGCAGCUAUGCCUACCGCUUCCUCGCCUCUUGCUCAAAGCAGCCAUCCCGGGGUUCCACACAAUGUAAAUUUACAGCCUAGUGGUGGUUCAACUUCCGGUCCUGGUUCCUCGCCUCACAUGCAAACCAACUUUGGUGCUCAAGGAUUGGUUCGGCCUGGGGUGCAGCCAAAUGCGAGACCUGGUGGUGAUUCACCUUCAGCAGUUACUGAAUUGGGCAAUGGAAAGCCAAAGUUCUAUUCUACUCGUGAUAAUCUCUUUUUGCAUAAAAUGGCGAUUACCAACAAAUCACGUGUGGUUGUUCUCAACAAGAAAAUCAGCCUCUUCCUUCUUUGCUACCUAUGAUGCCUAAUGCGAGGAUGGUACUGCAACUUCUGUAUGCAGGGCUCUCGAUGAAAUAGCGGACGUAUCUAUACCAGGUAUGAAUGUUAAGUUAGCACUAUUUAUUUA